CAGCUAUUUUUCUGUGCUUUCCUUUUCCAGUUGUAUUGGUGUUUGGGCAUCCACAUUUAUAUGCUUAAGUAGGAAUGUGUGAUAAUUUGACAGACCAGUGGCAUGUUGGAGAUAAGUGCCUUGCUCCUUUUUCUGAAAAUGGAAAGCUUUAUGAUGGUACAAUAUCAUCCUUUGAGACAGACAAGAAUGGGAAUUUUUUUGCGAUUGUUUCUUUUGACACAUCUCAAGAAAGGAAAGUACUUGUAGCAAAACUUUGUAGGAUCAAAACUAGCAAAGAUACAAAAAAGAACUUAAUAUUUGAUGAUGAAGAUUUAGAGAAACCCUAUUUUCCUGACAGAAGACUUCCAUCCUCUGCAGUUGCCUUUGAAUUGUUCAAGGAUGGGCCUCAGAUCCCUUCUACAAUUAAUAGAUACCUACGUGAUUAUCAAAGGGAAGGGGCCCAGUUCUUACAUGGUCACUAUGUUUGUAAACGUGGAUGUAUUCUUGGAGAUGACAUGGGACUUGGAAAGACAAUACAGGUUAUUUCAUUCCUGGCUGCAGUGCUGAACAAAAAGGGGACACGUGCCGAUAUUGAAAAUAAUAUGCCAGAAUUUUUGUUAAGAACAAUGAAAAAUGAAAUGUCAUCUGUUCUGAAGAAAACUUUCUUGAUUGUGUCACCGCUUUCUGUGCUUUAUAAUUGGAAAGAUGAAUUGGAUACCUGGGGCUAUUUCAAGGUUAUAGUUUUGCAUGGUAAUAGAAAAGACUAUGAACUGAAUCGAAUCAAGCAAGGAAAAUGUGAGAUUGCACUAACAACAUAUGAAACACUUCGCCUUUUUUUAGAUGAGCUUAACAGCUUAGAGUGGUCAGCUGUCAUUGUAGAUGAAGUGCACAGAAUCAAAAAUCCAAAAGCUCAAAUAACCCAGACAGUGAAGGCUCUAACAUGUAAGGUUCGGCUUGGACUUACUGGGACAAUUCUACAGAACAACAUGAAGGAACUUUGGUGUGUCAUGGACUGGGCAGUACCUGGGCUUUUGGGUAAUGAAACACGAUUUAAGAAAGAAUUUUCUGAUCCAGUAGAGCACGGCCAGAGGCACACUGCAACUAAAAGAGAGCUAGCCACUGGUCGAAAGGCAAUGCAACGGCUAGCUAAAAAAAUGUCUGGCUACUUCUUAAGGCGUACAAAGGCUCUUAUCAAUGACCAGUUACCCAAGAAGGAAGAUAGAAUGGUGUACUGUUCUCUGACAGAGUUCCAGAGAGCUGUUUAUAAGGCUGUAUUGGAAACAGAGGAUGUACACUUAGUGUUACAAGCACGCAAACCAUGUGACUGCAACAGUGGCCGCAAAAGGAAGAACUGUUGUUACAAAACAAAUGCUCAUGGUGAAACGGUGCAGGCAUUGUAUUUCAGUUACCUCACAGUCCUUCGUAAGAUUGCUAACCAUACUGCCCUGUUACAGACAGACAACACUAGUAAACAACAGGAGGCUCACAUCACAAGGGUUUGCAGUGAAGUGUUUUCCAAAUUUCCUGAUUUUGUGCAGCUUAGUAAAGAUGCAGCCUUUGAAACUAUUUCUGAUCCAAAGUAUAGUGGGAAAAUGAAGGUCCUUCAGAAACUGUUAAAUCACUUCAGAAAAAACAAGGAUAAAGUGCUACUUUUUUCCUUUUCACCAAGAUAUGUAUAUGAUUAUGUGCUUGAUGUUCUGGAACAAUAUUGCAUGGCAUCUGGGCUAGAUACCGAAGACUCGAUGGAAAUACAAGGCAGAGGACGGGUCAAGAUAGUAAAAGAGUUCAACAGCAUGGAAGAAGUUAACAUUUGCCUUGUUUCUACAAUGGCUGGUGGACUGGGACUCAAUUUUGUUGGUGCUAAUAUCGUUAUACUCUUUGAUCCAACUUGGAAUCCAGCUAAUGAUCUUCAAGCCAUUGACAGAGCAUACAGAAUUGGCCAGUGCAGAGAUGUGAAAGUAUUUAGGCUUAUCUCUUUGGGAACUGUGGAGGAGAUGAUGUACUUACGACAGGUUUACAAACAGCAAUUGCAUUGUGCAGUGGUAGGAAGUGAAAACGCCAAGCGAUAUUUUGAGGCAGUGCAAGGAUCAAAAGAACAUCAAGGAGAACUUUUUGGUAUCCAUAACCUUUUCAGGCUCCAGGACCAUGGAUCCUGUCUUACAAAAGAGAUUUUGGAGAGAGAAGGACAAGUGGAAGCUGGUGUCAUGACAGCUACUACAUGGUUAGAAGAAGAACCCCAGCAACAUGGAAUAGAAAUGCGUGGUUGUGAAGAUCAAGAUACUGUUAGUCCUUUGGAGCCACUGGAAAAGGAAGGAUUUGAUUUCUGCAGUGACUUCAGUGAUGAGGAGUCUGUGAGAAAUUGUAAGGUGAAAGGAGAAAGAAGCAGACUGUGCAAUGCAAAAAACAUUAAAAUUCUCCAGGGACAACUAACUUUAAUGCAGUGUGGGUUUCCUAAACUUCUGGAAAAGAGAAGUACAGCAGCUGAUGGUUGCAUUGGUGCUUCCAGUGAUGAAAGUACUGAUGGCCAGUCUUUGAGACAAAGAUCUAAAGAUCCAAGUAGCUGUUCCCUGAAAAAUGAAGACCGCUGUAAUAUUUUACAGUAUCAGAAAACUCCUGUGUCACAAGCCAGAAUGAAAAAACAACAGGUGCGUAUUGAAAAUGCAGACUGUGAUCCUUCUGUUUCACCACAUUUUGAAGAAGAAGGAAAACAUGUUGGGAAAAAUUAUAAAGAUAGGUAUAUUUCAAAUCAAGUUGGGAUAGUUCAAGAGACUGAAGACAGUUCAUCUGAAAAUGAUAUUAUUUUUUCUUCCCAAGUUCAUACCGAUCGGGAAAUUGUUAAAAACUAUAAAGACACAAUAGUAAAGUGUGAAUUUUUAGAUACUGAAAAAAGUCCUAUGCUUACACCUCUGCAAAAACAUUUGAAUUCUGAGCAGAGUAGUAGGAGUACUUCAUCUUUCAGCAAAAUAAAAUCAAGGACUGUGAAAGAAGCAAGUGACAUUAGUGAUGAGUCUGAUGAUAUUGAGAUGUCAAGAAGAGGAAUACAUACAUUUACCAAACAUGUGAAAAAACGCCGCUUCAGUAACAAGGUACUCGACAAUCCUUCCAGAAUGACUUUGCAUAGUAAUAAAUCAAGGAUAGUGAAGACCAAUGCUGACUCUCAGAAUAUAGAAGAGUUUUCGUCACCAGAGGACAAUUUCUCAGCUGGGAAGGUUGAUGUUAAAGAAAAACAAAGGCUAAAAGGUGAUAAGCGUGGAAUUCAGUUUAAGUCGAAAUUAUCAAAAUACUCCCAUCCUCCCUCUGUGGUGCUGAGAAAACGAAGUCAUUCAAAUAGGACACAUACUUCUUUGAGAAAGGAAACAACGGCAAGCCAAAGACAAGGAGCAGAUUCGUUGGACAGACUACUUGAUGAUGUUGCUGAAGUCUCAUACAUUCAUUCGAACCAAAAUGUUGUUGGCUCAAGCAAAGCUGAAAAUCACUUGAGUCGGUGGGCAGUGCGAGAUGUAUUUGAACUACAGCAAUUUUCCCAACUCCCUGCAAAUGUAGCAGUAUGCAGAGCCAAGAAAUGCAGAGAGAACUCAGGAAAAGUUCCAUCUAAGAGGAUGAACACCCAGAAGGAUAAUUUAGAGGGUGAAAUCAUCAAGCCAACUCUUCUCUAUAUUAGACAUCCUGUAUGCCAGAAGCAGAAGAAGAUCCACCGAAUAGGCUUAAGAACUUUCCUGCUGGGAAGGACACCCCAAAAAAUUCGCAGGAAACAAUUUGAAGAAAUGGCAUCUCAUUUUCAUAAGAAUCCAGUGGAAGAUUUUGCAAAGUAUAUUGCCAGAGCAACAUCAGAAGAAAGGCAGAAAAUGUUGAAAGCAUUUUAUGGUUCAAAAUAUCCAGAGUUGAAGGAUCUAUUAAAAAUUGAUGUUCCAGUUUGUGAUUCAGAGGCAAGUGAGAAAACUGGUGUACACAGAUCUCAGUCUAGAAAAAGUAAGUCCAGUUCUAAACAUGAUCCUUCAACAGAUACGUGUAGCCAAAUAAGACGGGAUGCAGAAAAAAAGCAAUUUCACUAUGAUCCCAGCAUACAGGCUGCUGAGUGUCAUAAUGUGGAGGAUAAACAAUUGCCCACUGUCAUUAACCAAGAUAGCAUUAGUGGGAGAAACAGUCAGGCAUUCAAAGACUUUAUGGCAUCUGACUCAUUAAGCAGUAAAUCAGGAAUAAUUGAGAGGCUGUCUGCUAAUACUAGUAAAGGACAGCCAAACUUGAAGGGGACAGAGUCGCCAAGAAAACCCUUUCUGUCUCAGUCAGAGAGCAGACAUGCUCAAAUAUGCAAGAAAAACUCAUUUGCAGACUUACUGGGAGACACCUCCAUUUUGAACGACCUCUUCAAAGGUAAUGAAAGCAGACCAACAGAACCACCCAGGAGGUCUCUUUCUGGGCCUACGGAAAAAGCAAAAACUCGAGCAAAAGACUUCUGGGAUAUGUUGAAUGAACAGAAUGAGGAGAGUCUCCAAAAACUCACAGAUCUGGCUGUUGUAGAGAAACUGUGUCAAACACCUCUUGUCACUUUGUCUAAGAAGAAAGAAGAAGUUAAAGAAUCACUUUGGAAGAAAAAUGACAAUUUUUUAUGGAAAAGAUAUAACACAACUGACACUGAUGAUGACUCUUCACCUGGUACAAGAUGUGAUGUGUAAAUAUCCAUAAUGCUAGAGGUGCUGUGAAAUACUACUUUUGAAUUCUGGAACUAGCCCAGUGUGUUUCAAGCUUGCUGAGUUCUUUCCUUUCCCAAGGAUAACUAUCUUUUAGUGUUCCUUCAAAAAAAGAAGUUUGUUUUCUUCUUCAUUGUAAAGGGGAUUGAUGGUACUGCAGAAGGAAAAUAUCCUUGGAAAAGAGAUAAAGAAAUUCUGAAUGCAUUGGAUCAAUAGCUAAAAUAAAAGUGUGCCUUUGCAGCACCUCUGGAUAUUUUUCUGUUGUUUUUGGUGUUCUGGGCUCUGUUGCUUCUAGUCUAAAUAUGGACAUUUUAUAUUUUUUAAUCAAAUCUGGAAAUAAUAUUUUUUGCCCCCAUAUAGUCUUGACCUUCUUUUAAUUAAGUUAUUUGUGAUCUUGAGAGGAAGCAGGCCAUGAAGAUCUCUAUUUGCACAGGCUUUGCAGCCACAUGGAUAAACAACCCCUUUUUCAUUAUGAUCUAUUGGCUUCUGGAUCUACAGGUUUUCCUGUCAUAUUUUCUUAAAUUGUCGGGACAAAAAUUACAAAAACAUGGCGUUAGAGUGUAACUCAAUCUGGUGAAAAAGAUAAAUACUUUCAGACUUCACAAAGGCUUCUACCACACUGUAGAAAUAAAGAAGUUUGACAACACUUUAACUGCUAUGGCUCAAUGCUUUGGAACUCUGGGAUCUGUAGUUUUGUGAGAUAUUUAGCCUGUCACAGAAGCCUGGUGCCUCACCAAACUACAAAUUCCAAAAUUUCAUAGCAUUGAGUCAUGGCAGCAAUGUCAAAUUGCUUUAUUUUUGCAGUGUAGCAGCAGCCAAAGUCAAGCAAAAGUAACUAUAAAUAUUUCAUAAUCAAAAGCCUGUAUCUGAACUUUGCUUUGCUUGGAAUAGACUAUCGCAAUGGAUGGGACCUAAGUUGGCUGUGAGAGAUGUAAGUCCUGAUGAUUUCAGUGAAUCUACUGUAAAUAUGACUAUCUAGUCAUUCUUUAAGUGUGUAUAGUAAACCUAUCUCCAUCCUUUGUUUCAUUACCCUCUUACUCAUGGAGGGUAACAGACCAAAGCCAAGCAUCUGCUCUAAGAGGCUGUCUGCAUGAAGUGGAACCUCAAUUCUCCUAAGGCUCCAACUCACAUGGAGAGCCAUCAAUGAAAGUGGAGGCUUUCAGUUUCAAGCCCAUCACCCUGCAAACAUGGAAGAUGACACAAGUGAUUAUGAAGGUUCUCCUUCUCCCAUUGUACACCUAAGAAAUGUCUGAAUAGAUUAGCAUCUAGAUACAUUCCUCUAGUGUUGCUAUGGUUAUGACAUCUUGAAAAUAUUUGUGUAAUGGUAAAUCUAGUUUAGCAACUACAGUACUAAGUUAACAGCAUGAUCAGGCAUCACAAAUUUAUCAAGAUGUGUCUACAGACACUGUCAAAUUAUCCUGGAGGAAGGAUUGAGUAAGAGCAAAUAGUUGUAUUAUCUAAUUUGUAAUAUCUGAAAGACAGAGGAGCCAUUCCCUUGGGAUCAUUUAUGUAGCAAGGUGUGUAACAUUAACAGCAUGGGCCUGCAGGGUAUCCAUUACUGUCUCACAAAUCAUACUUGCUUAAACAAAAACUCACAAGUAUCAUUGUUUGAAUUUAACCAUGAGUCCCGCUACAUUUUAUUUGGAUUAGAACUUUUCAGUUGUGGUGUUUUAAACAUAGGUCAU